AAAUGCAGAAUUUUGCUGGGGACUCCGGGGACUGUAACUGGGCUUCUUCUAAGGGUAGGGCAAUGCAUCUUUGCGGCUGGUUCAAUUGUCUCCAUGGCAUCCUCUAGUAGCUUCUUCAAUGUCACAGCAUUCUGCUACUUGAUUGCUUCCAUGGCUUUACAGGUCAUGAGUGGCGGUCUUGCACUCCUCGACGCUUAUUCCUUGGCGAAGAAGAAGGCGCUCCACAAUUACUUCUUAGUCACCGUUUUUGCUGUUGGAGAUUGGGUGACGGCGACGUUAUCCCUUUCUGCAGCGUCGUCUUCGGCUGGAAUAACGGUUUUGUACUAUGGCGACCUCGGGGGUUGUAGCUUCGGCGAGGAAUGCACGAAGUUCCAGUUAGCAGCAGCAUUGGCUUUCCUGAGUUGGAUAAUGAUAGCUUUAUCCUCUUUAAUCAUGUUUUGGAUUUGGGCAAGAGGUUAGGGUUUGUAGUUUGGAUGUGUUAAACUAUGUAUAGACUAAUAGGAUUUGUUGAUGCAUAUUGUUUAUCUAUAUUUCAAUUCAUACAUAUGAUUGAUUAUAAGCUUCUUUGUGCAUGGGAAAGCUCACUUAUAUAUGACC